AUGCAGUCGAAACGCGCCCGCAUAGAUACCCCAUCGUCGAGUGAGGACGACACUGAUGCCGAUGCGGAGGUGGCGCCACAGCCUCGCGACUCAAAUGGCGAGGCGGGCGGCACUGCGACCACCCCGUCGCUGCCCUUGCCUGUCGAUGCGAUGGGCGUCAUUGAGCGUGUGGACAUGAUCAAUUUCAUGUGUCAUCGGCACCUGAGCAUCCGACUCGGUCCUCGCAUCAACUUUAUUAUUGGUCAUAAUGGCAGUGGGAAAAGCGCAAUCCUCACUGCCAUCACGAUUGCGCUCGGCGGCAAGGCCAACACGACGAGCCGUGGCAGCAGUCUCAAAGACUUCAUUCGCGAGGGCGCCUCGGCCGGUGAGGUCCGUGUCUUGCUGCGCAACCACGGCGCCGAUGCCUUCCGGGCAGACGUGUAUGGCGAUGCCAUUACCAUUGAGCGACGUCUACAUGCAGAUGGCGGCGGUGCUUGGAAGAUCCGCUCAGCGGAUGGGCGCGUUGUGUCGACAAGACGUGAAGAGCUUGAUGCCAUCUGCGACCAUGCCAAUAUUCAAGUGGACAAUCCUAUGAACAUUCUCAGUCAGGAUGCAGCGCGGCAGUUCCUUGGCAGCUCGCAAGCAGAAGACAAAUACAGCUUCUUUUUGCGGGGCACGCAGCUCACGCAGCUGGCGCAAGAAUAUGAACUCAUCCAAACCAACAUCCAGCGCAUGCGCCGGGCUAUGACUCUCACCGAAGACGCACUGCCAGACCUUGAACGCGCUGCACGCGACGCCAAUGCACGGUGGCAGGAGAUAGAGCAGAUGCGCCGCGCGCAAGAAAAACUUGACGCGCUCAAAGAGGAGCUGGUAUGGAGCCAAGUCAUUGCCAAGGAAAAGGAACUCGCCGGUGUCGCUGAAAAGCUCGAGCGUACGCGUGCCAAGCUUGGCGCUCUAGAGCGGCGGCGCGGGGACGAUGCCGCGCAAGCUGCGUCGCUGGACGACGUGGUGGCUGAGCUCGAGCUGCGCAGUCGUGAGAGUCAUGAACGUGAGGCGCAGCUUAAGGAGCACCGCGCGCGCGUCCUAGCCGAGAUCAAGGAGCAGCGCGCAUCUCUUGCGUCGUGUAAGACGCAGGAGCGCCAGCUGAACGAGCAGGCGGACCGCAUCCAGCAUACCCUUCGGCAGCUCCAGUCGCAAAUCGAUGUCGAGGUCCGUCGGCAGGCGCAGGACCGCCGCGCCGUGCGUCAGGGUCAGGAGGCUCAACGCGAUGCACUGGUGCGUGAGCGACUGGAUACAGAGCGGCGCCUAGUCGCGCUUGAACAGGCGGCGGAAGACCUCGUCCAACAGCGCAGUGCGUGCCAGGCAGACCGUACGCGACUUGUGUCAGCGCGGCAGGUGAUGGAGGAAAAGAUGUCGCACCUGCGCAGCUUCUUGCAGCGGUGCCGCGAUGCGGAGCGUGACCGAAUCACGGCCUUUGGCGGCCCUGACAUGCCUCGCGUCAUGGCCGCUAUUGAUCGUGAGACCCAGUGGCGCGACAAGCCAAUCGGCCCUCUGGGCAUGCAUAUCCGGCUCACGGACCUGACAUGGGCACCGCUUGUGGAAAGUGUACUGGCCGAUCCGCUGAAUGCGUUUAUCGUGACAAACCACGACGACCGCGCGCGUCUCGCGCGCAUUUUGCGGGCGUGCCAUGCGACGAACCAGAUCAUCACGGCUGCCCCCGAUGCGUUCGACUACUCAAGCGGCGAGCCGGAUGCAUCCGUGCUGACGAUGCUGCGGGUCAUGGAGAUGGACGACGUGAUUGCACGUGUGCUAAUUGAUGCUCAGCACAUUGAGAAGAGCGCAUUGGUGCGCGCUCGUGCUGCAGGCGAUGCGCUCGUUAGGCAGCACAAGCGUAAUGUUCAGCAGUGUUACUCUGCCGAUCUGUUCAAAAUCACAGGUGGCCCGAAGGGCAGCUCCACGCAGACGGUGACGCGGUACCAAGGCGCGCCACGCUUUGCACGCGACUCAUCUGCGCAACGGGCCGAGGCUGAGGCAGCGUUGGUAGCGCUGGAUCGCCAAGCUGCCGAGGUGGAUGCACAGCUCGUCGCGCUUACCGAUCGCGAGCGCGCGUGGCGCGAGGACGAGCGCGUGCGUUCUGACGACAUGGCACAGCACCGGCAGACGCUGCGGGAGUUGCGGCGCCGCAUUGCGCAGAUCGAGGACCAACUGCGCGAGGAUGAGCCGGCCAAUGUGGCUGCGCUGGAGGAGGCACGCGCGGAGGCCGAGGAAGACAUGCGGCGUGUUCGGGCGUGUUUCCAGGAAACCGAGGCGCAGAAGGAGGCGCUCGAGGCGGCUCUUGUGGCACCUCUCGCGCAGAGUGAAGAUCUGCUGGCGCAGAUUGACGUGGUCGAGUCAAAUAUGCGCAAGGAAGAGGAGGAGCUGCAAACCAAGUACACGGAGCGGGUCCGACUGCAAAAGACGCAGGAACACUGGACACACCAGAUGCAGUUGCAGCAGGCUGCCAUGGACGAGGCGCAGCACAGUGAGGCGGCGCUCGCACGCCUCAUUGACACAUGGACCGUCACGGCCACCGAAUAUUGUGCGCGUGUCGAGACACAGCGCACGCCUGAGGCGCUGGAGGAGCAAAUUCGUCUUAUGGAGGCGCACAUGGCCGCUGCGACCGAGCGCUCUGAGUUGUCUGUCGAAAGCGUCGUGCGCGAACUGCGUGCACGGAACAAGGCCUUUCAGGACGCGAAGCAGCAGCUGGAAAAUACACGCGCAACAAUUGCCCUAUUGGAUCGCGCGAUUCAGCUGCGGCUGGAAAAGUGGCACUACUUCCGCCGGUUUGUAGCGGUGCGCGCCCGUGCCAACUUUGCGCUGCAUCUGCAGAACCGCGGCUUCUCCGGCUCGCUGCAUUUUGACCAUAAUGCACAGACACUCAAGCUUCGCGUACGUUGGUUUUCUGACGGCCAGGUGCACACCGGUGACAGUACACAGCCUAUGGACAAGGACCCGAAGGCGCUCUCGGGCGGCGAAAAGUCGUUUGCGACCAUAUGCCUGUUGCUCUCGCUGUGGGAGGCUAUCGGGUGCCCGAUCCGGUGCCUCGACGAGUUCGAUGUGUUUAUGGACGCAGUUAACCGCCAAGUGUCGAUGAAGAUGAUCGUCGAUGCAGCGCGCGCAUCGGUUGGCGUGCAGUACAUUUUGAUCACGCCGCAAAACAUGGCGAACGUAUCACUGGGCCCGUAA